UAUUUGUGUUUCCUUUGUUAUAUAUCAUAUUACAUUAAAAAAAAUGUCGGCUUUAGCGACGGACGAUUUGCAGAGAAUAUUCAAGAAUCUCGACAAGAACGGCGACGGAUUCGUGAGCUCAGAAGAACUCCUCUUCCUUCUCCAAAGAAUCGGUGUCCAACAAUUCUCCCUCCAAGAUAUCGAAUCGAUUUUCUCGAAACCCAGACUCGAUCUGGUCGAGUUCUUGAUAUUUUACGACUCCAUCUCGAAAAAAAAUGGCCAAGAAUCCGAUCACGUCGACGGCGAGGACGAGACCCGAGAUCUAGCUGAGGCGUUUAGAGUGUUCGAUCUCGAUGGGAACGGAGUUAUCUCUUCCGACGAGCUCCAGAGCGUCUUGUCGAGACUCGGGCUUUGGGAAGAGACGAGCGGAGAUGAUUGUAGGAGAAUGAUUAGGGUUUACGAUACGAAUCUUGACGGCGUUCUUGAUUUUGAUGAGUUCAAGAACAUGAUGCUUAGUGCUUAGAACGUUGUCUUCUCUCUUUCUUAAUGUUGUUUUGUCGCGUAAGUGAUUUGUCUAUUCCUCGAACUUCAUGUCAUGUAGUUUCAUUAAUUUGGA